CCGGGCGGCCCGCGUGGGUGUUUGAGGCCGUGUAGGUUGAAGUUUCCUUUGAAUUGCAGCAAAUCCCGUGAACCGAGCGAGGCCCUGGUGAGGAAAUUGGGGGUUCAUGCUCUGAAACUGCUACUCCGAAUCUCGCAUCUUCGCUCCGCCUCGCCUUCGGCGGGCCUCGACCUCGCCGCCGCCGGCUAUGGAGUUCAUCGACGACGAGUGGGACUCCCAGCCGCGCGCGCGCGUCGUCCACUCCCGCGCCGAUGCCGCCGCCAAUUCCUCAUCCCCCACUGCGAAUCCCGCGUCCCGCUCUCUCCCCCACGUCGUCGCCUGCGCCGCUGCAGCCGUGCUCCUCCUCGCCGCAGCCUACUCCCUCGACUCGGCCUACCAGGUCUUCGCCUCCAUUCUCGUUUGGAUCGCAUCCUCGCUGCUCCUCGCCCCCUUCGCGCCAUCCUCCGCCACCGGCGGCGACAUCUCCGUCGGCCGCGGCAGCUUCCUCCCUGACCAGGAACCGUCCCAGGAGCCCACCCCGGACCCCAUCGCCCCCUCCCGCCGGGGUCGCCGCCAGAACGCCGCCCCGCCGCCCCCAAAGUCGUCAGAUCCGGUCGCUCCUCCCGUCCAGCCGCCUCCACGGCGGCAGGAGGCGAUGGGUGGGGGGACCGCUGUUCUGGACGGCGUGGAGAGGGAGGAGGAGGUUGGCGAGUGGACCGACCAAGAAAUGGAGCUUCUCCGGCGGCAGAUGCUGAAGCACCCGGCAGGAGAGCCCCAGCGCUGGGAGAAGAUCGCCGCAGUGUUCGGCGGCCGCCGCACGCCUGAGAGCGUCAUCCGCGCAGCAAAGUCAGGCGGCGCCGUGGCGGCUGGUGGCUCGUUCGAGCAGUUCCUGCGCAAGCGAAAGCCGCUGGACCCAAGGGCCGGGGCCGCUGACGCUGAUACAGGUGGCAAUGCUGGAGGAGGGGACGGUGGUUGGAGUGCUGGUGAGGACCGUUCUCUGCUGAACGCGCUCAAGGAGUUCCCUAAGGACACGGCAAUGAGGUGGGAGAAGGUGGCCGCAGCAGUGCCUGGGAAGACAAAGUCCGGGUGCAUGAAGAGGGUCACCGAGCUCAAGCGUGACUUUCGGAGCAGCAAGGAGCCAUAGGAGGCAGCGCCAUAGCUUGAACGUUGUCUUCCUUGCCUGUGCAGAUACUCCUGCAUUGUUUGAACUUGCUGCUGGAGAAGUAAUGUAGAUCAGUGUAUUCUGGAUCAAGAAGCAGAUGGAUUGGAGAAACAUAGAUAGUAAUUACUCCCUCCGUCCCAAAUUUCUUGUCUUAAAUUUGUCUAGAUACAAAUGUAUCUAGUUACGUUUUAGUAUUAGAUACAUCCGUAUCUAGACAAAUCUAAGACAAGAAUUUUGAGACGGAGGGAGUAUAUUUUGCUCUGUAUGUGAAGUACGUAAUUACAUAAUACAUGCUCCUAUUCUUGUUCAUGAAACAUCGUUAAAAGUCACGUACCAAUAUGAAACGGGAAAAGGGGUAAAACUGUUGGGGAUGUAUGCAAACUGGUAUUUUGAUGUC